AUGAAGGAGAAAAGGAUGGAUGAGGAUGAGGAGCCCAUAAUCGUCUGUUUCAUCUGUCAUGCAAGACUCAUUCGUUGCAGGAGAUUGCAACAACAGGCUAUUGAGUCAAAUGCAGUUCUGGAGCAGUUGCUUGCAGGAGGGUCCAUGUCAAUACCAAAACCUCAUGCGGCUAGAGAUGAGAUUCAAUUCACACAAAUUAAUCAUAUAGAUAUUUGGCCAGUUGAGUGUGAUAUAGAAAAUGAUUGUAAUGACGACAUUCUUAGCCUUGAAUCUGUUAACUUUGAGGAAGAGAAAAUCGAAAAAGAGAAUUUCAAACUUGAUGCAAACUGGAGUCAUGAAACAGAUACUGCUGGAAAUCAAGAAGACUUGGAGAUUGAUGCUUUUGAAGAUCGACAUGAGGAUUCGGAGAACGGCUUGCCACUAAUUUCAUUAGGUACAAAGAGUAAAACAGAUGAUGUUGACAUAG